CACACGUCGGACCUGUCCAAGUCGCUCGGCAUCAACUCGGACCAGCGCAUCCUGUCGUUCUUUGCCGAGCCGCCCAUGCCGCAGACCGAGCACUCGUCGCUCCUCGCCCAGUACGCCCGCCUGCCCAACAAAGGGUCGGCCGCCUCGUCGUCGUCGUCGGCCAACGCCGCCUCGCGUCGCCGCAUCCCGACCCAGCCCGACCGCGUCCUCGACGCGCCCGGCAUGCUCGACGACUACUACCUCAACCUCAUGGACUGGUCGUCGACCAACCUGCUCGCGAUCGGCCUCGCCGAGAGCGUCUACGUGUGGAACGCGGCGACGGGCGACGUCACCGAGCUCGCCCUCACCGAGGGCGACGAGUACAUCUGCUCGGUCAAGUUCACCGAGGACGGCUCGCACCUCGCCGUCGGACUCGCGUCGGGCCCGAUCCAGGUGUACGACGUGUGCGCCGGGCAGCUCGUGCGCACCAUGUCGGGGCACCCGAGCCGCGUCGCGAGCCUGAGCUGGUCCGGCGCCGUCCUCGCGAGCGGGUGCAGGAGCGGCGAGAUCUGGAACUCGGACGUGCGCGUCGCGCAGCACUGCGUCGCGCAGAUGAAGGGCCACCGCGGCGAGGUGUGUGGCCUCGAGUGGCGCCCCGAGAUCCUCCUCGCGUCGGGCGGCAACGACAACGUCGUCAACGUGUGGGACGGCCGCAUGACGCACGCGCCCAAGAUGAGCAAGACGAACCACACGGCCGCCGUCAAGGCCCUCGCGUGGUGCCCGUGGAACUCGUCGCUGCUCGCCUCGGGCGGCGGGUCGUCGGACCGCACGAUCCACUUCUGGAACACGACGCAGGGCGCGCGGCUCAACAGCCUCGUCACGACGUCGCAGGUGACGUCGCUCGCGUGGAACCCGCACGCCAAGGAGCUCCUCUCGACCCACGGCGUCCCCGACCACCACCUCGCCCUCUGGAGCUACCCGUCCCUCACAAAGGUCGCCGACGUGCCGCACGCGCACCGCACCCGCAUCCUUCACUCGUGCACGAGCCCGGACGGCACGACGGUCGCGACCGCGAGCAGCGACGAGGACCUCAAGUUCUGGAAGAUCUUUGACUUGCCCAAGAGCGCGCUCAAGGGCGGCGCGGGGGCCGCGUCCGGCAGGAUGCUCUCGGGCAAGGACGUCGACGAGAACGACGGCAUCGGCCGCAAGUCCAAGACGGGCAUCUCGGUCCGCUGAGCGAGGCGGGCGGUGCACGGUCCCUCUUCCUUCCUCUUUCUCUCUCGUUCUCUCUU